AUGCCCGGGUUGGCAUUUAACCCCGACAACGAUAUUCCGGACUUGUCCGGUAAAGUGAUUUUCAUCACAGGAGGAACGGCUGGUUUGGGUGCUCAGUCAGUCGCCCAGAUGGCCAAGCAUUCUCCGGCGCGAAUCUAUAUCAGCGGUCGGAACGCGACAAGCGCAGAGAAAAUCAUCAAGGAAAUUGCCGAGACUGGGUCAAACACGCCUGUAUCAUUCGUCGAAUGUGACCUCACCUCUCUAGACUCCGUGAAAAGGGCCGCAGAUGAGAUCAUCGCGAAAGAAUCGCGACUCGACGUGCUCAUGUGCAACGCAGGUAUCAUGGCACUCCCUCCAGGCCUAACAAAAGACGGAUACGAGGUGCAGUUCGGCACCAAUCAUCUAGGCCACGCACUACUGAUCCAGAAGCUGUUACCACUACUCCAACGUACCGCCGAAAGAGGCGCGGAUGUACGAGUCAUUAUCCUCACAUCUAAAGGUUAUCAGCUGCAUCCCUAUGGGGGCAUCAUUUUCGACGACUUGAAGACCACGCAGGAUUAUGGCUUCUUGGGUUCCUGGAGACGGUAUGGUCAAAGCAAACUAGCCAAUAUCCUGUAUACUCGGGAGUUGGCUCGUCGGUAUCCAGCCAUUACUGUCGUAUCUGUUCAUCCCGGGGUGAUAACUACCGGUCUGGUUGAGAACCUGGGAUGGGCUCAUCGAUGGUUUAUCUAUGCGACUACUUAUAAUCAAAUGGUGACACUGGAGGAGGGUGCUUAUAACCAGUUGUGGGCUGCUACCACGUCGAAAGAUGGUUUGGAAACUGGUCAGUAUUAUAUACCGGUUGGUGUUGCGUCUAACGACAAGCUCACUAAGACUGGGCGUGAUGAUGUAUUGGCUGGUCAACUUUGGGAAUGGACGGAUAAGGCGCUGGAAGACUAUUUGUGA